AUGUCGUCCAGCAUCGCUGCCAACACCGCCAACGGUCGAUCCGCAGAGCCUCUUGCCAAAGCCAUCCACCAGGGCGGCUCCAAGGACGAAUUCGCCUACGUCAACAAUGUGCGCGUCGCUGGCUUUGAGCCGUUGAUCUCGCCCUCGCUCUUGCUCCACGAGAUCCCCGUCUCAAAAGAGUCCCAGCUCACCAUCGCUCGUGCACGAGGCCAGUCGAGCGCCAUCAUCAAUGGUGAGGACGACCGUCUUCUCGUCGUUGUCGGUCCUUGCUCCAUCCACGACGUCGACCAAGCCAAAGAGUAUGCCAAGCUGCUCAAGGCUGGAAUCGACCAGCGAUGGUCCGAGGGCCUGGUCGUCAUCAUGCGCGCCUACUUUGAAAAGCCACGCACCACCGUCGGCUGGAAGGGUCUCAUCAACGACCCGGACAUCAACGGCAGCUUCCAGAUCAACCGCGGCCUCAAGAUUGCACGCAACCUGCUCGUCGACUUGACCGCACAGGGUGUCCCCGUCGCCUGCGAGGUGCUCGACACCAUCUCGCCGCAGUACACUUCCGAUCUCUACUCGUGGGGCGCCAUCGGUGCGCGUACCACCGAGUCUCAGCUGCACCGCGAGCUUGUAUCUGGUCUUUCCAUGCCUGUCGGUUUCAAGAACGGCACGGACGGAGGUCUCGGCGUUGCUGUCGAUGCCAUCCGCGCCUCGUCCCAACCGCACGCUUUCAUGGGUGUUACCGAACAGGGUCUCGCUGCCAUUGUGCGCACCGUUGGCAACGCCGAUCUUCACAUUGUCCACCGCGGCGGCUCCAAGGGCACCAACUACGACGCCGCCUCGGUGCAGGCAUCCAAGGCACAGCUCAAGGCGGCACUGCCGGACCGCCACCCUUCCAUCAUGAUCGACUGCUCGCACGGCAACUCGAACAAGGACUACCGCAACCAGCCCAAGGUGGUCGACUCGAUCGCUGAGCAGCUCGAGCAGGGCGAGGAUGCCAUCACGGGUGUCAUGAUCGAGUCGCAUCUCAACGAGGGCAAGCAGGGCGAGCCCAAGGACGGACAGAUCGACCAACUCAAGUACGGUGUCUCGAUUACCGACGGCUGCGUUGGCUGGGAGAAGACCGUCGCCAUGCUCGACAAGCUCAACGCGGCUGUGCUCAAGAGGAGACAGGCGCGUGCUGCGGGCCAGGCUUGA